UCUGUCUGUCUGUUUUGUCCUUGUCGGAGUGUCAGUGGACAACUGGACAUCGACAGUCAUCGUUAGUUCCAACCAGCUGGAGUGUGUCUAUGUUCGAUCGAGAAACCGAUUACCAGUUCUAUCCGGUGUUGACCUGGUGCCUUGCUCCCUGUGUCCCUCCCUCAGGGUCCGGCUCAGCCUGCCUUCCUCCCUGCCUGCGUUCUGCUUGCCCGUCAACCGCUCAGCUCUAGCCUUUCAGUUGACCAUUGAUUUUCCUUCCUGUUUGCCGAGCUUCCCUUCGGUCGAUCCAUUUAUCAUCCCUUCCUCCAUCCCAGAGAGCAGAGAAAAACCAUGGGAUCCUCCUCCUCGCCGCUAUACGAUAAAUUUCAUUUGUAUAGCACGCCUCAGUUCCUGUUUAUCGUGCCCGAAUGUCCCUCCUCCUCCUCGUCCUCCCAAGAGACCCAGAUCGUAGUAAUCGACCGAUGGUCAGGUCGAAUCAAGUUGGCGGCCAAGGCCGAGCACUUUCCGUUGGCAGCCAACGUGGCCUUUCGAAAGAUUCCCAUUUUCGGGGUUUUGGGUUGGAUCCCAGCCCAAAAUCAGCCCCAAUUGGUGGUGAUCACCAAACGGGUGCGGGUAGGCGAAUGGCCGGAUCGUCACGUGGUUUAUCGCUUGGAAGGCGCCGAGAUCAUUCAUGUGUGUCAAACGCCCAUCACCCCUGACACUCGACGAAUGGUUGAGGCCGUCAGCGGGGUGUUGACCACGCCCUACUUCUACUUUUGUUACACCCAAGACUUGACCGCCACGCGGCAACGCCUCUUCCUGGCUUCGAACGAGUCUCAAAGCCCUCAGUCGUGGCUCGAUCGAGCCGAUGAGCGGUUUGUGUGGAAUCGGAGCCUCCUUGGACCUCUAUUGAAGAGCGCGGCGGGUCCGGACAUUCAACCUUUCCUGACACCCAUGAUCCAUGGGGCGGUGUUUAUCUUUAAAUGCGGGAUCCAAGGUCAAGAUGUGGAUUGGAUUUUGGUCUCUCGACGUAGUAAUCGACGGGUGGGCACGCGAUUUUUUCUUCGCGGUUGCGAUGAUCACGGACGGGUGUCCAAUUUUGUCGAGACGGAGCAGAUUGUCAUCCAUGGUUCGAUGGUGUCGUCGUUCGUGCAAACUCGCGGUUCGAUGCUGUUUUGGGAGCAACAACCGGACAUUCGUUACAAACCCAAGGCCUUGGUCACGCCUAAGAAAGAAAGCAUCCAAGGAUUCGUGGCCCAUUUCAAGGAACAAGUGCCGCUCUAUGGCGAACAAGUCAUCAUCAACUUGAUUGACCAGAAAAAGGCCGAGGGCGAACUCGAGCUGGCUCAAAAAAUUUGCCAUGAGGCCCAAUUGAAAGGGGUUCAUUAUGUGGCUUUUGAUUUUCAUAAGGAGUGCAGCAAAAUGCGAUAUGACCGUCUCCAAAUCCUGAUAGAUAGUUUACGGCAGCAUGUGGCCAAUUAUGGAUGCUUCUUCUACAGUGCCGCUAAUCCAGACUCGUUGCAACUCCAGAAAGGCGUGUUUCGAACCAAUUGCAUGGACUGUUUGGAUCGAACGAACGUAGUUCAGUCCCUAUUGGCCACAGAGAACCUGAACCUGGUUUUAAGACGUAUGGGCAUUCUCUCGCCCGCUGACAAUGUAUUGGAUCAACUUGAAUUCCAGCAUAUCUUCAAGAACGCGUGGGCAGAUCACGCCGACUUGAUAUCUAUUCAAUAUGCGGGCACGGGUGCUCUCAAAACAGACUUUACGCGCAUGGGAGUACGAACGAAGUACGGCCUUCUCCAGGAUGGAUGGAAUAGUGCCGUGCGUUACGUUUUCAACAACUUCACCGACGGUAUUCGAACCGAUGCCCUCCGAUUCUCACGGGUGAGGUCAAUAUGGAGGAGUAUCUGAAGCAAUACCAGAAGAAGAAGCCUUCACAAGGAUCGUUAGACUACUUACCCGUGGUGUUCCUCGCAGUUUUCAUCGCAUUGAUUCUUACUCUUGUGUUAACUCAGGAAGUGAGUCUCAAAUUCUUCGUCCUUUUCCUUGGGGCAAUUGGAUUCUUGUACUUGAUCGGACAAAUGAUCCUUCAAAACGGCGCAUUUGGGUCAAUUUCCCUCGGACACUUCAAUAAGCUUGAGCUUGUUUGUGGCCCCUUGUCCAUAAUUCCAUUUCUCCGUCAACGCUUGUUCCUUCCCCUUUAUUUCCGUUCUCUAUUAAAAGACAUUAAUCUUAUUCAUUUUCAAGCCCUAUGAAACAACAGCAUACUCUAUAGAUCUCGCUUGCUUUUAUUUCAUUUCUCACGAUUCAACUAACAUCGAACUUGGAAGUUGGUUACGUUUUCGGAGAAUGGUGAUAGCUUGGGCCUCGAAAUCGUUUAUGGAACCGUCUUUCAAGGUCUCAAUCCAGGGCCAAAUCCUCUGCGAUUCCAAACAAUUUUGUUGCAACAAAUGCACGGCAAUUCUGCUCAGGCUUUCUUCAUGAUUGAAACGAAGCAAGGCUUGGAGAAAGGCGUCGGCCGUUUCAUCUAGAUUGAUCCUUUCAUCCGCAAGUAAUGUCUUGAGCACAUUCUCCAACAA